CCCGAGCGCCCCCAUCGGCGCCCCGCCUUGCCUUUUUCCGGGUCCCGCGACGACCGCACGCUGCCGAGGGGACCCUCAUUGGAGCGCGCGGGAACCCGAGGAGAACGGUUCCCCGCGUUCAGGCGGAGAGCGGCCAAGGCCUUUGGGCCUCCCGGGACCCCUGAAAAAACAAAUAACCCCCCUAUCCCACCCCGGGGCAUUUGCAGGCUCGGGAUGCCUGCAUCCGUGGUCCCCUAUUCAAGGGCAUGGAACGUUCCCCGUUACCUGGAGACAAGCUCUGGGCGGAUCUGCAUUAAAAUCCCAGCGCUCCACGCUUUGGGGAAGCCAAACCCUCAGAGCACCUCAUCAGUGAAAUGGAAAUGAGGCACCCGCCUCUUGGGUGUCGGUAAAAUUCAGUGAGACAGUGCGGGCCAAGAGCACACUAGACGCUCAUCGUCCCAGAAAGCAGGCCGCGAUGUUUUCGCUCUAAUUUUUUCCUCUGAGCAACUAUUUGGAGGAUAUUCACGACAGAAAGAGAGAAGAAGGAGAAUUAUGCUGAUCCAAAAUCCAUCCAGCCUGGACUCAAGCAAUCCUUCUGCGUUGGCCUCCCUAAAUGUUGGGAUUACAGGCAUGAGCCAUCAAGCCUGGCCCAAGCUAGUUCUUUUGCUCCAGUUUUGCAGAGCUUUCACUGUGGAAGACCACCAGGCCGCAGAUUGAAAGCAACUCCGACGGUUCCGGUUUCGGCUGCCGGCGCAAAAGCCGCGCUUUAAAAGGGUGGGGCACACGCCCUGGGGCAAUCAGCUGGUCUUCAGUAAGCAUGGCGGCACCCAUAGAGCGCCACGCCCAGAUCACAAGAUCGCGCGCAGUCUGCGCCCGUCUCAGUCGGCUCACUGUGGCGCGCCUACUUUUAGAUUGACCAAUGAACGCGAGGCGCAGGGUCCCAGUGAAGAGAGCAGUAGCCAGACGCAGGAGGCAGGAAGCGCGGCAGCUCGUGCCUGAGCUCCCGGCAGAUAACCGAAGUCGGAAGGCUCUCCUAGCAGCACGCGAAGAACUGCGAGCCAGCAGCAUGGCAGAACAGGAUGUGGAAAACGAGCUUUUGGAUUACGACGAAGAGGAAGAGCCCCAGGCUCCUCAAGAGAGCACACCAGCUCCCGCUAAAAAAGACAUGAAGGGAUCCUAUGUUUCCAUCCACAGCUCUGGCUUCCGGGACUUUCUGCUGAAGCCAGAGCUCCUGCGGGCCAUCGUGGACUGUGGCUUUGAGCAUCCGUCUGAGGUUCAGCACGAGUGCAUUCCCCAGGCCAUCCUGGGCAUGGACGUCCUGUGCCAGGCGAAGUCUGGGAUGGGCAAGACCGCAGUCUUCGUGCUAGCCACCCUGCAACAGAUCGAGCCCGUCAACGGACAGGUGACGGUCCUGGUCAUGUGCCACACGAGGGAGCUGGCCUUCCAGAUCAGCAAGGAAUAUGAGCGCUUCUCCAAGUACAUGCCCAGCGUCAAGGUGUCUGUGUUCUUCGGGGGCCUCUCCAUCAAGAAGGAUGAAGAAGUGUUGAAGAAGAACUGUCCCCAUGUUGUGGUGGGGACCCCGGGCCGCAUCCUGGCGCUUGUGCGGAACAGAAGCUUCAGCCUAAAGAAUGUGAAGCACUUUGUGCUGGACGAGUGCGACAAAAUGCUGGAGCAGCUCGACAUGCGGCGGGACGUGCAGGAGAUCUUCCGCCUGACGCCGCAUGAGAAGCAGUGCAUGAUGUUCAGCGCCACCCUGAGCAAGGACAUCCGGCCUGUGUGCAGGAAGUUCAUGCAGGAUCCCAUGGAAGUGUUUGUGGAUGAUGAGACCAAGCUCACGCUACACGGACUGCAGCAGCACUACGUCAAACUCAGAGACAGCGAGAAGAACCGGAAGCUCUUCGACCUCCUGGAUGUGCUGGAGUUUAACCAGGUGAUAAUCUUCGUCAAGUCAGUGCAGCGCUGCAUGGCCCUAGCCCAGCUCCUCGUGGAACAGAACUUCCCGGCCAUCGCCAUCCACCGGGGCAUGGCCCAGGAGGAGCGCCUGUCACGCUAUCAGCAGUUCAAGGAUUUCCAGCGGCGGAUCCUGGUGGCCACCAAUCUGUUUGGCCGAGGGAUGGACAUUGAGCGAGUCAACAUUGUCUUUAACUACGACAUGCCUGAGGACUCGGACACCUACCUGCACCGGGUGGCCCGGGCGGGUCGCUUUGGCACCAAAGGCCUAGCCAUCACUUUUGUGUCUGACGAGAAUGAUGCCAAAACCCUCAAUGACGUCCAGGACCGGUUUGAAGUUAAUGUGGCAGAGCUUCCAGAGGAAAUUGACAUCUCCACAUACAUUGAGCAGAGCCGGUAACCCCCACGUGCCCUGCCAGUCCAGAGCCGCCAACCUGGAGCCUCCCGCACGCAGCUCCACCACCUCUUUCCAGACGCCCCUGUUCAGAAGCUGUAGAUUGUAUAAGAAUAAACGUGUAUUAUGGAA